AGAACAGAGAGGACAUGUUGAGUCCCACCAACAACAAACUGACAGACGUGUUGGAGGAGGCCAACAAACUGUUUGCAGAAGUCCGUCAGGCCCGCGAAGCAACUCUCGACGCUCAGCUCCUGGUGCUGGCUACAGACCUGGGGAAGGAGAAGGCCAGCCAGCUACACGCUGAGGGAUCGGCCUUCGAUCCCUCAGCCUUCGCCGAACACCUGUUGUCGUUCAUGGGUUUGAAUCGCCUGGAGGAUGAAGAUGAGCAGGAGGAGGGUGGUGGUGCGGCGGUGGCUACCUCCCCCAGGACGCGUGGCAGAAGGUGGCUAAUAGAGCUCAACACUGCUUCAGGACUGCCCCCUCCUUCCACUACAUGUGAGUAG